AGAAUGGAGUUUAAAUAACCGAGAAAAAGUUCAACACAAACACACUGAGUAGUAAGCGCUCCGUGAGUGUGCUGUGGAAGUGAGACAGCGCUUUCAUGGGUGAACGCACACCGCUGUUGCAUUACCGGCUCGCGGCGAGCGGGCACGAGGACUCCGGUGAGCACCGCACGCGCGAGGAGUCGGCGGAACGCAGGGCGGUGAGACGAAGAUCCGCUCAUGGCCAGCCUCAGAAACUCUCCACCUUCUUCGGGGUGGUUAUUCCCACUCUGCUCUCCAUGUUCAGUGUGGUGGUGUUCUUACGGAUCGGCUUCGUUGUGGGUCAGUGUGGACUGUACCAGGCCGUGGUCAUGUUCUUGGUGGCAUAUUUCAUCAUCAGCAUGACCGUGCUCUCCAUCUGCGCCAUUUCCACCAACGGAGCACUGGAUGCCGGGGGAGCAUACUAUAUGAUCAGUCGAGCUUUAGGGCCGGAGUUUGGUGGCAGUAUUGGGAUCAUGUUUUUCUUGGCCAACGUGUGUGGCAGCGCCCUCUACGUGCUCGGGCUGGUGGAGGCCAUUCUCGCAACCUUUGGACGUCCUGAAGAUGGAUUAGGCCACGCCCCUCAUUAUGCAGUGAUGCCGGUCGGUUAUUGGUGGUCUCUGCUGUACGCCAGUGUCAUCCUGCUGCUGUGUGUGUUGGUGUGUUUGAUCGGCGCUCAUAUCUAUGCCAAGGCCACGUUCCUCAUCUUCAUGGUGGUGAUGGUGGUGCUCUUCACCAUCUUCAUCAGCUUCUUCGCCGUCAGACCUCACAACAUCCCGCUGCCGAGCAUUCUGGGAAACCUGAGCUCCUCCCCCACCACCGCCAACUUCACCAGCUUCAAACUCGACACGCUGCUUGGAAACCUCAAAGCGGAUUACACAGUGGACUACACCACGGGAAUGACGAUGACGUUUGCCACUGUGUUUGCGGUCAUGUUCAACGGAUGUACUGGAAUUAUGGCAGGAUCCAACAUGUCAGGUGUGUGUCUGUCUGUCUGUCAUCAUAUUGUGUACUUAUGUAUUUAUUUGCAUCAAGCCUGCGUGUGUGUGUGUGUGUGUGUGUGUGUGUGUGUAUUAGGUGACCUGAGGAAUCCAAGUUACUCCAUCCCUCGUGGAACGAUCACUGCAGUCAUCUUCACUUUCAUCACCUACAACCUGCUCAGCUUACUGGUGGCCUGCACCUGUGACAGAGUUUUGUUACAGAGGGACUACAGUUUCCUGCGUGACAUUAAUCUUUGGCGCCCAUUUGUCACCAUCGGCGUUUACUCAUCCACACUCUCAGCUGCCAUGAGCAACCUGAUUGGUGCCUCCCGCAUUCUGUACGCACUCGCCAGGGAUGACCUGUUUGGUAAAGUCCUGUCCCCUGCUAGGAAAACCUCGGGCAAUGGGAACCCCUGGGUCUCGGUUCUUAUCUCCUGGUUCCUUGUGCAGCUGGUGUUGUUCUCGGGGAAGCUGAACACCAUAGCGAGCAUCGUCACCAUCUUCUUCCUGCUGGUCUACGCCGCAGUGGAUCUGGCCUGCCUCGCUCUGGAGUGGGCCUCAGCCCCUAACUUCAGGCCCACGUUCCGUUACUUCACGUGGCACACGUGUGUGUUGGGCAUCGUCGGCUGUGGAGUGAUGAUGUUUCUGAUUAACGCCAUCUACACCUCAGCCAGCAUCGCCUUCAUGCUUCUCCUGCUGCUGCUCAUCCACUAUCUGAGUCCGACUAGCAGCUGGGGCUACAUUAGCCAGGCGCUGAUCUUCCACCAGGUGCGUAAAUACCUGCUGAUGCUGGACGUGCGUAAGGAUCACGUGAAGUUCUGGAGACCUCAGGUGCUGCUGAUGGUGGCCAACCCUCGUGCUAAUGUCGGCCUCAUCACCUUCAUUAACGACAUCAAGAAGAGCGGCCUUUACGUCCUCGGACACGUCCAGAUCGGAGACCUGGCCAGUCUUCCCUCCGACCCUCUGCAGUGUCAGUACGACUCGUGGCUCUCCCUGGUGGAUCACCUGAACAUUAAAGCCUUCGUUAACCUGACGCUAGCUGACUCUGUACGACACGGAGUGCAGCACCUGCUCUUCAUCUCUGGACUCGGCGGUAUGAGACCGAACACGUUGGUUCUGGGGUUCUAUGACGACAUUCCUCCUAAGGACCGGCUCCAAGAUCGUUCGUUCCACUCGAGCAGAUCUCUGGAAAACCCCGUGUUUCCUGACGAGCCGGAAGAUCCGGUCUUUCAUUUCCCUCCUCUCCGCGGCAGCAUGGACGGAGCCUGGCAGGGGAAAGUGAUCGGCCCUCAGGAGUACGUCAGCGUGAUCGCGGAUGCCGUGAAGAUGCUGAAGAACGUGGCGUUGGCGAGGUACUUCUGCCAGUUCGACCACACCAGGGCCCGUCAGAACGCCGUCUUCGUGGACGUGUGGCCCGUCAACCUGCUCCGACCCGACAGCUGCUCUUACGUCGACACUUGCUCACUUUUCCUUCUCCAGCUGGCCUGCAUUCUCAACAUGACCAGGGCGUGGCGCAAGGCCAGGCUCCGCCUCUUCCUGUGCGUGGAGACGGGGCGGAGUCUGAAGGAGGCGGAGCGUAAGCUGGGUCAGCUGCUGAAGGAGCUCCGGAUGAAGGCGGACAUUUUCACGGUGCCGUGGGACGCUCAGGUGGCGCUGCACUGGCAGAGGCAGACCAGCUCUAAAAAAAGAAAGAAGAACGGAGGAGAGACCGAGGAAGAGGCGGAGCUAGAAGAGGAGGAGGAGGAGGAGUCGGAGUCGGAGGAGGAGGAGUAUGCAAACGGUUACCACAGCAACACUUCCCGCCUGACGGACGACUACUUACUUGCUGUUAAUAGGCUGAUCAGCGACCAGCCCUGCCCUCCCCCUGCUGUGCGUUUCCUGUAUUUGCCCCGCCCACCUGCUGACACGCGCCGGUACUGUGACUAUCUGCAUCAGCUGGAGCUGCUGAGCCGUGACCUUGGGCCCACUUUACUCAUCCACGGGGUCACGCCCGUCAUCACUACUGACCUUUGACCUUCACAAGGGUGGCAAAAACUGUAGAGAACAGAAGGUCUGUUAGAAAAGCUCCACUUCCCUCUCGUUUAUUCUCCGCAUUUUUUCCUUGUUUUUAUUCGUUUCCCUUUCUCUCUCUUUUCCCUUUUUUUCUUUUUCCCUUUAUUUAUUUUCUCCUUUUUUUUCCCUUUUUCCCUUUGUUUCCUUUUUUUUUUUUUUUUUUCUUUUGUUCCUUCCUUCAUGUUUCCUGCUUCCCUCCUGAUCCUCUUGAUCAUUCCUCACACAGCGAUGGAGAGAUGGUUUGUAAAUAUUAAGAGUCAUGCUCUCUGCUGCCACAUAUUUCAGUAUUUUCCAGGAACAGGUCUGGACCUCGGUGUUUCUAUGGAUACGAAUGUACGUUUUUGUCGAAAUAUCGUUCGCCUCGGCGUUACACGACAUCACAUCGGUUAAAAAUCACAUUUCCUUCUCGGUUAUAAAUCCUCCAUUUUGAGUCAUUUCGACUAAAAUGUGUUGGUUAUUAUUAAACGAUGCAAACGAUGCCGCCAUCAACAUGCAGACGUCACGCGCACGCUCCGCGCGCACGGUGCUGAGUGAUCAGGCGAACUGUUUACAUCUCCAGCAAUCAGAGUUCAGGAUCAACACGGAGAGAUUCUGUCCAGCGGCACUGCACAGGGUCAGUCAAAUCCUCUAGCUUCCAGUUUCAAUUCUUAAACCAUACAGCUAGCUUUGAUUUUUUUAAAAAUCUCUUUUUUGUAGAUAAUUUAGAAAUGAACAGUGUGUUAAACCUGUGAUAAAGCAGCGGUAUUAAUUCAGUGACGAUCUGAUGAUAGAAACCUAAUAUAACUGUAACUGUUCCCAAUCUACUGUCUACUACUUAUCUUCCUCCUACUUCAUUAUACAGCACCUUCGGUCUUUAUCUAGACUAUCGUUGAUUUGAUUGAAAAAAAUCAAAAAUGAAAUAAAAAUUAGAUUUAAAAAUAAAUGAAUAAAAAAAGCACAAUAAGAAAACAAGUGAUUUUUUUUUUUUUUUUUAAAUUCUCAAAUUUAAGGACUAGCAAAUUCCAGUUAAAGUAUAAUUAAAGGUUGACUUUCUUUAAAGACACGUGACGUGACCUUUCACACAAGCUGGAUCUUUUUGAAUACAGCUGUUGGACAGGAAUGACCAGCGCCACACCAAAUUAAUGCGUCCACAAUCGUGAGUUGUACUUAAUAAUAAUAAUAAUAAUAAUAAUAAUAAUAAUACAAAAAUACCAAAUUUAUUUUGCAAAUAAAUGUUGUAUUUUUAUUUCAAUAUAUUUUUUUUCCUUUAUGACUCAGUUCUUUGACCAACUUGAUUAGAACUGUUCAGAAAUGUGAGUUAAUAUGUUAAUAAUAAUAAUAAUAAUAAUAAUAAUAAUAAUAAUAAUAUUGAUGGGUUCAAGUCGAGAUGCGAUUGUCUGCUGCGUAAAAAAGAGGUUCAGAAACCGUUCACGUGCUGCUCUUUUCUGAAAUAAUAAAUACAAUAAUAUAAACAACAACAAAACAACGUCUCUAAGCAGUGCACAAAGAAUAAAAUGAAUUCCUCUCACAGUUCAGCAUUUCCUUAAACUUCCAUUAUGCUAAAAACAGGAACGGAUGCGAAUGAAUGAAUAAUUCUGAUGGUUAUUAUUAAUGAAUGAAUGAAUGAGUAAUUACUUUAAUUCAUUCGAAUGAAUUAUUUAUAGCUGAGUAAUCUGUUAUUUUAAUAAAAACCUUUUCUUUCAUCGUGGCGCUUUUAUUACGCGCGUGUCGGUUCUGUGACUUUUUAAAGACACCGGGACGUUUCCUCUUUCAGACAGAGCACUUAUCAGACACUUCCUGUUGUGGUGGGGUUUUUUUUUUUUUGUUGGUUUGAAAAUUACAGCCGGCGUUCAGUCGCUCGUGUCGCUUUGCGGCUCUGAAAGUACGAGCUGAAACUCAGAAAUGUUCAUUUUGUGCUCCACAGACUCGGAACAACGCGGCGACACUUCCUACACAUCUCUCCUGUUUAAAGUUUGGCGCAGACAGAGGAGGAUAAAAUAACACAAACUUCUGCAUCUCUCUGUAAUGUUGGAUGAAUGCUGAGUGAUUUUUAUAAAAUCGGAGCAGAACUUGUGAUUAAUCUGUGAAAUGUAAUAACAGAACGAAUCUGAAGGCAUGAACGAGUCUCGAUGGCAAUAUUUAAACCAUUCCACGAGUGCGUGGUGGUGUGUUGAAGAAGAUGAAAAGACUUUGGAGAUUUAACGAGUAAUUUCACACACUGAUUUAUCGACUGGGAGUUUAGUCGGAGAACGAAGAUGAACAGAACUGCAGACUCGAACGCAUGCUGUGUGUUUGUGGGUCAAAUUUAACUCGUGCCUUUAAAAUCAAUUUGAGUCGACACUUUACCUUAAAGUUUACUAACAUUCAUUUACUGAAUGAAUUAAUGAACAUAAACUCCAGCGUGAAUAAACUGCUCCAUUUAACGCAGUAAGAUUACACCUUAACUCUUUUUCUUUCCUACCUUUAGACUUUUUGAUCCCUUCUUUCUUUCCCUUUUUUGUUUGCUCUUUUCUUUAUUGCUUCCAUUAUUCUUUUUUUUAUUCUUUUUUCUUCCUUUUUCCCCUUUGUGCUCCCUUCCAUUUUCCAUUUUUUCAUUUUUCCUUUCUUCCCUUUUUCUUUCUUUUUCUUUCUUUCUGUUUUUCUGUCUUUCUGUCUUUCUUUCUGUCUGUCCAUCUUUCUUUGUCUUUCUGUCUGUCCAUCUCUUUCUUUGUCUUUCUGUCUGUCUCUUUCUUUGCCUUUCUUUCUUUCUUUCUUUCGUUCUUUUUCUGUCUCUUUCUUUGUCUUUCUUUCUUUGUCUCUUUCUUUGUCUUCCCGUCUUCCUUCUGUCUGUCUUUCUUUCUUUGUCUGUCUCUUUCUUUGUCUUUCUGUCUGUCUCUUUCUUUGUCUUUCUUUCUGUCUGUCCAUCUCUUUUUGUCUUCCUGUCUUCCUUCUGUGUCUGUCUGUCUGUCUUUCUUUCUGUCUGUCCAUCUCUUUCUUUGUCUUCCUGUCUUCCUUCUGUGUCUGUCUGUCUGUCCAUCUCUUUCUUUGUCUUCCUGUCUUCCUUCUGUGUCUGUCUGUCUGUCCAUCUCUUUCUUUGUCUUCCUGUCUUCCUUCUGUGUCUGUCUGUCUGUCUUUCUCUUUCUUUGUCUUCCUGUCUUCCUUCUGUGUCUGUCUGUCUUUCUUUCUUUCUGUCUGUCUGUCUGUCUGUCUUUCUGUCUGUCUGUCUGUCUGUCUGUCUGUCUGUCUGUCUUUCUUUCUGUCUGUCCGUCUCUUUCUUUGUCUUUCUGUCUUCCUUCUGUCUGUCUGUCUUUGAUUCCGUGUUAAUGAAGUGCACCUGCGUGAAUGUUUAUUCAGCCCCCGACUAAAAAUAAAUUAGCAUAAAUGAGAUGUUAAUAAUUUGCUGAACUCUGGCCUCCAGGUGUUAAUAUUAAACCUGGUUUUCAGUCUCAGUUCUGAAUUCUAAUGAAGUUCUAAAAGUUGUUCAGUGUGAGAUGAUGUUUUCCUCACCGAGAUGAACAUGAAUUAGUGUAGGUGUUCAUUAUUUAAUAUGAACCCAGUCAUGACAGUUUUGAGUUAAUAAAUGAAGAUCAGUGACGUGAACUUUAAUGUAAAGUGAUUAAACCUUGUGUACUCAGUUUUAUUUCACUUGAGUGAAACCAAAGUGUGUGUGCACGUGUGUGUGUGUGUUUACCUACAAUAAUAAAAUAUUAAUAAUAAGUUUUCUGUAUGUUUACUACUAAAAUAUACUGAAUGUACGACAUGGUGUUAACUGACAUUUGAUUUUAAUCUGGAAGAUGCCCUGAUAUAUUUGGGUUUAUAUUUUCAGGUCUGUUCACAUGUAGAAAUUUUCAUUCUGAAUUAAAUUAAAGUGUUUUGUUUACCUUCAGUGUUAUUCGGUAUUUAUUUUGAUUUACUGU